AUGGCUCGAGGAAGGAAAAAAGGUAAGAAACCUAACAAAGAACAGAAAGCUCAGUCGUUAUCAAUUUCAGAGGCAUCCUCGGUUGUGAAACCUAACCUAUCGCCGGCAUCAAUGAUAAGACAUAACAGGGAAAGAUCUCGCUCCCCUCUCUCAUCGGAUGGGGCGAAUGAGGAUGGUUCCAUUUCGGAUAUCUCCAUGAAUUCCUCCCAUGAACGGGAAGCUCUCACGGAAACCGACUGCAAUAAUACGAGCAAUAGGGCUCUUCAAUCCCAUGUAAGCGCGGUCUCUCAUCAACAGAACAAGCGUUCUCAUGAUAGUGACAAGUCGUAUAUUACUAUAUCUAAGCAUGUCGGCAACAAUAUUGUCGAGGUUAAGUCUGCAGGCCGAAAUGAGAUAACUGUAUCUCUUAACAAUUACGAGAAAGCUAACAGCAUACUUAAUUUAGCCGACCUUAAAGCACACAAUUUGAAAGCCUCAAUCCCUGCAUUUAGAGUUAUGAGAACCGGUGUCAUUAAAAACGUGCCAUUAGAAGUCACCGAUGAGAUGAUUCUUAAUGAAUUUAAUUCAACGGCUAAGAUAGUUUCGGUCCGUAGGCUUCAUCGCAAAAUACGUAAAGACGAUAAGGAUGUUUUGACCCCUACUCUUUCCGUACUAGCUAAAUUUCAGGGGCAACUUCUCCCUCGUGCAUUAACCUUCAUGCAUGUUUCAUUUCCAGUUCUACCAUACAUUCCACGUGUGCUCAUGUGUUUCGCAUGUUUAAGGUUUGGACACAUUAGCUCUGACUGCAAAAGUGCGGCGUGCUGCGCUAAAUGUGGACAGAACAGACACACUAAUCAAGAGGACUGUCCUCGACAUCAGCUCUCUCCCAUACGUUGCAAUUGCGGUCAGGAACAUCUCCCCUCCUCUGUGAGAUGCCCGGUGUAUAUCAAACAAAGGCAGGUUUAUCAAUAUGCCGCUUUGGAGAACGUAUGCGGAGGCUCGCAGUAA